CACAGGAUCCACUUCCGGGGUAAAGACAGAGUUGCAGAGAUUUGACUUCUCUCUCUGAGGAAGAAAACAGCAAAACAGUUCAUACAGGAUAAAGUGUGCAGAUUAAACAAACAUGAAGUUCAAUAUCCGGACUGCAACUAAAGAAGACUGCAAAGAAAUAUCCAGAAUGAUAUUGGAGUUGGCGGUUUAUGAAAAAAUGUCCGACCAAGUGAAGAUAUCUCAUGAAGAGCUGGAGCAGGACGGUUUCUGCCAGAAUCCCUUCUUUGAAUGCCUCGUUGCAGAAGUGCCUGAGGAGCAUAAAUCUACAGAAGGAAUCACAGUUGUCGGAUACGCCCUUUACUUUUACACUUACAGUACAUGGAAGGGGCGCUCAGUAUAUAUGGAGGACAUGUACGUCAUGCCAGAAUUCAGAGGAAAAGGCAUUGGCAAGGGUUUACUGAGCAAAGUCGCUGAGGUGGGGAAGAAGAAGCAGUGUGUGCGGCUGCAGUUUUCUGUGUUGGACUGGAAUACUCCGUCUCGAGACUUCUACGCUGCUAAAGGAGCUCAGGACCUCACCGACAGCGAAGGCUGGCACUUUAUGCGCUUUGACGGACAAAGUCUGGAUGAUUUAGCAAAUGAAGCACCUCAAGAUUAGAAGUCUGCCGAGGAAAAUAUCUAACUUACUGUGAAAACAUGUGGCUGGUAAACCUUGACCCUUUGUAAGACAGUGCCAAAAUAAGCUUCACUGUACGUGGUUCCUCACUACCUUGUCUUUCUUCUGGGUUAACGAAGACCUACAUACAAUUUAUAAAUAUGAUUUAAAAUAGUCUUAUUUCAUUAAAGUACCUUUGAACUUCCUUCAUUUUGCAGGCAUGGAUGCAUACGGUUAACCUUUGUCACCUCUCAGUGCAGCAUGUAUUAAGAUACAACAGAUUGUCUUUAUAAAUUAGACAGUUAGACAGUCCAGCCCUGAGAUGAUUUUAAUCUUUGUAGGAUCUGGUAACGCUCGGUGAGGACUUUGGCCAGUAGGUGGCGUGUUUAACCAACUGAAAAUGAAUUUGUCAACUCUCUGACAGGGCAGUCAGGGAAUGCCGAGGCUAAAUGGACCAAACAUUCAUCUUGACUGUUAUCUCAGAUGUGAGUAUUUUCUGCUGAUGAUGUGCAAACGAGUUCUGUAAACUAAAAUUCCUGUAAUUUGAACGUGUGGACUGGUUUCAUAUUUUGUUAAUAUUGAGUCAACAUCUCUAUUCUUGGAAUAUGCUGGAAAUCAUAAUCUUUCAUAAACAUUUUCAGGAUUUUCUUUGCAAUUACUCUCUGGAAGUUAUAUUUAUUUGUGUACAAAACAUACAAAAAUCCACAGGAACACAUGUAAAAUCACCCAAAAGAAACAUUUGAAAUAUACACAUGCUUAAAAAAGAUUAAAAUGCACAAAACUUA